CAGCCAAUGAAAGACCGAGCGAGGGCAAAGUGGUGGGCACGUGACGCACACUGGGGCCGUAAAAAGAGCACGCAGCAGACGCAUAACCUGUAGAUGUUUUCUUGCCACUAGCAGCCUGAGGAGGUAGACCGCGAAAGCCUUCAACAUAUCCAGACCUCACACAAGUAACGUUACACGCAGCAAAACAUCCCACUUUUCAUCAUGGCACUUGAUGGAUGUGGCCUCUUCUGCAAGUAUACCCUCUUCAUUUUCAACAUCAUCUUUGCGUUGGUGGGCUUUGCCUUUUUGGGUCUCGGCUUGUGGCUGAGGUUCAGCGACAGCACCAGAGGCAUCUUUCAAGUAGAGGACUUCAACUCAAGUGCAUUUGUUAUCGCUGUGACUGUACUGAUUGCUCUCGGCUCAGUGAUGCUGAUUGUGGUGGUGUUUGGAGACUACGGUGCCUGCAAUGAGAAAAGAUGUGCUCUGCAAGUGUUCUCGGUCCUUCUGACCAUUCUGGCAGUGGCUGAAAUUGCUGUUGGAGUGGUUGCUUAUUCCAGUAAGGAACAGGUUGGACAGCACAUUGUGGAGUUCUACGGUAGCCUGUAUGUUCUGUAUCUGAACAGUGGAGACCCAGUCAUUGGUGCCACUCUCACAUUCAUCCACAAAAUGCUUCAUUGCUGUGGAGUGACCGGGGUCGUGGUGUUAGAGUUGGCCAAAAACACCUGUCCCAAAGCAGAUGGGUUUUGGGAGAAGAUCCAGCAGCCUAAUUGUCCUCUGCUCAUCUUGGAUGUCUUUAACCGUAAAGUGGCACUGGUGAUGGGCAUCUUUGUCGGAACGGGAGUUCUUUUGAUCAUAGCUCUGAUUUGCAGCACAACGCUCAGUAGAAAGAUCCGUCAGUCUGCCUCAUCUCCUCAGUACAUCAUCCUGACUCACUCCACUUCUGUCGUGGCUAACCCUCAACCGUCUCAGUGUGAAUUUGUCUCCGACCCCUUCCUCUACCCUAACCAGGACCCAGUCAUCUUCACCCCUCUCUCUAUGGCCAACAUCCCUGUGGCUCAGUCUUAGUGCACUACUGUUGGUUUUCACUCUUACUUUCAUGCAUCAACACUCUGGCAUAGAGAACACACAUUUGUUUGUAUCCAUUCUCUCUUCUCUGCAUGGUCACUGCACCGUCUUCAGCUCCCUUAUAGGAAAAAUCCACCCUAAAAGACCUAAGGCAAAAUUUUAACAUUACUUCAUCUAUUUAAAUUGUGCUGCUGGUAUAUAUUUUUAUUACCACAGAUUGUUGGUAAAAAACUAAUGUGCAAGAUUUUCCAGUAGGGGGAUGACAGCAGACAUAUUUUUAGUCAAAGAGCAACGGCUUAUAUAACCUAACGAGCCAGAUGGUUUGUUACAAAGAAACCUUCUGAGAAGCCGUCAUCAGAACCUGUUUGGUAAAGAGCAGGCAUAAAAAAAUACCUGGCAGGUGAUUGGAUGGCCCGUCCGUCUAUCACGUCCAGAAUUGUUGUUUUGAACGAACAGUCGCGGCCGCCACACACACGUAAACCACGGCCGUAGCGGCAGGAAGCUCCUCACCCGGCACCCCCCAACAUUACUUAAAUUCCGACGAAAUGGGUUAUCACGUAUGUCCAGAGAAUCUAGCUGCUGUGCAACGUAAUUGGCUUCUUAUUAGGAUAAUACAUUUGCACACAAAACAAAAAAACGCAUCACUUAGCUACAUUAAUAAAAAAUUUUUAAAAAAACUCUCCACUAACUGGAAAUUGAUGUUUGUAUUUUGCUGUCCCACCAGUGUA